AUGAAGCUUCGUUCACAUGAAAUUCUAUCAAAUCCAAUUCUAAAUUCAAAAUCAAUACCAACCAAACCAUCAUCACGUUUUAAAAAAUUAUUUCAAGGAAAAAGUUUCUUUAAAAAAAAACCUCAAUCAUCAUCAACACGAACACAUGAGUCUGGUCUUCUUCAUGGAAUUCCUGAUUAUGUUCGAAAAAGUAUUCUUCGUUAUUUGCUCGAGUCACCUCCUCCUCCACCUUCUUCUUCUUCUCCAUUAAUUAUUCAGCAAAAUUCGCCGUCACGAAAUGUUCGACCACCAUUAAUGGGUAUUCAGGCAUUGAAAAAUAAAAAACAACAUACUCGUCAUCAGACAAAACGUCCAUUACGAACAAGACCUCAAACUGUUCCUGAUAAUAGAAAAUCGUUAGAGGAUUAUCAGGCACAGAAUAAUUAUGACAUGACCAUUUUAAAUGCGAAUGUCGACGAUGACAAUGAUGAUAAUUCAAUGUUUGCCACUAAAACAAGUACACAUCAGAAAAAACCAAUACCACAAUGGGCAAGAAAACAUGAAUUACAAAUAGCGAUGUGUAAUCAAAUUUAUUUUCAUCGUAAUCCAAGUGAAAUAUUCGGUAAUACAAUCGAUUGCUCACCAGCGAAUUUACGUACAAUACUUCAUUCGAUGUUGCCUAAUGUACAAUUAAUAGAUGAUGAUCAUCAACAACAAUCUAUAUCAAUACCUAUUAAUAGUAAUAAAUCAAUAUUGGUCUGA